AUGGCAGCUCUCAUCAAGGCGGCCAACGCAAAGAUCAGGUCCAACCCCGUGUUGGACUACGUCUGCUCAACACACUUCUGGGGUCCCGUGUCAAACUUUGGCAUUCCCGUCGCCGCAGUGCUGGACACGCAAAAGAGUCCCGACCUAAUCUCGGGCCAAAUGACCGGCGCGCUGUGCAUCUACUCGGCCACGUUCAUGCGGUACUCGCUCGCCGUCACGCCCAAGAACUACCUCCUCUUCGCGUGCCACUUCGUCAACGAGUGCGCCCAGCUGACCCAGGGCUACCGAUACCUGUCAUACCACCACUGGGGCGGCAAGGAGAAGACGCAUCUGGAAAAGGGCAUCGAGGCGGCCAAGAAUAAGGUCGAGGGCGUGGAGGACAAGGUGAAGAGCGCAGUGGGCAAAUAA